GUAGAGAGCAGGCACAGGGGGAGAUGAUAAGGGCCACUUUUAGUACCGACGUCAACCGCAAUAACACGCAAUGGACUGAUGGGGGCGACAAUUCCCAUUUGGAAGAGGUAAAGCAUAUCUUCAUAGGAUGACGAAGAAGAGGCAAUCCGCGACAACAGCCGAAGACUUCCCCCCUGUCCUACCUUCCGUAACCGUGCUAAAGAAAUGGCGGCGUCCGUGUGCCGAGUCGGGAGCACUGUGGGUCGAGCCCUCGCCAAAACCCGCAGUCCCAUCCUGCUGUCUCUGAGGCGUAGCCAUGCCUCUGUCAGCUAUGCCCAGAGCCUGGCAGGAGCCCCUGAAACUCACCUUACUACCCUAGACAAUGGUUUGAGGGUUGCAUCUGAGGAGACUGGACAUGCCACUUGCACUGUUGGACUGUGGAUCAAUGCUGGUAGUCGGUAUGAGAGUGAGAAGAACAAUGGAGUAGGCUUCUUCCUGGAGCACAUGGCUUUCAAGGGAACCAAGAAGCACACCCAGACUGCCCUGGAGCAGCAGGUUGAGUCUAUGGGUGCUCACCUGAGCGCUUAUACCUCUCGGGAGCACACUGCGUACUACAUGAAGACUCUUGCCAAAGACCUGCCCAAAGCCGUGGAGCUGCUGUCGGAGGUGGUGCAGAGCUGCUCACUGAACGAGGCAGAGAUCGAGCAGCAGAGGGGUGUGGUGCUGCGCGAGCUCGAGGAAAUCGAGGGUAACUCCCAGGAGGUUUGCCUUGACCUGCUGCAUGCCACCGCCUUCCAGGGCACUCCUCUGGGACAGAGUGUGCUGGGACCCUCCAAAAAUGCCAGGACUCUGACCCGCCAGGACCUCGUGGAUUACAUCAACAGCCACUACAAAGCCCCUCGCAUGGUGCUGUCUGCUGCUGGAGGUGUGAACCACGAGGAGCUGGUCGGUUUGGCCAAGUCUCACUUCAGCGGCGUGUCUUUUGAGUACGAGGGCGAUGCCGUUCCCGUGUUGUCACCCUGCCGAUUUACAGGCAGUGAGAUCCGUAUGCGUGAUGAUGCUUUGCCUCUGGCCCACAUUGCCAUUGCUGUGGAGGGGGCCAGUGCUUCCAGCCCGGACAUCGUGCCACUCAUGGUGGCCAACUCCAUCAUCGGCAGCUAUGACCUCACCUACGGUGGCGGAAAGAACCUGAGCAGCCGUCUGGCUCACCUGGUAGCGGAGGAGAACCUGUGCCACAGCUUCCAGGCCUUCCACUCCUCCUACUGCGACACCGGCCUGCUGGGCAUUUACUUUGUGGUCGAUAAGCACAACAUCGAAGACAUGAUGCACUUGUGCCAGAAUGCCUGGAUGAACCUGUGCACCGCAGUGACGGAGAGCGACGUAGCCAGAGGCAAGAACGCUCUGAAGGCCAGCCUGGUCGGACAGCUCAAUGGAACAACCCCAAUUUGCGACGACAUCGGCAGACACACCCUGAACUACGGGCGCCGUAUUCCUCUUGCAGAGUGGGACGCUCGGAUCGAUGCCGUGACCCCCAAGAUGGUGCGAGACAUCUGCUCCAAAUACAUCUACGAUAAGUGUCCUGCUGUGGCAGGUGUCGGUCCCGUGGAGCAGCUACCCGACUACAACAGAAUGCGCAGUGCCAUGUACUGGCUGAGGUUUUAAGAUGCGUACUUGUGUUGCUCCGUGUGUCCCACGUUUGCUCCUCAUCUUCCUCCUCAACUGUACUCCGUUUUCCUCCCACCAUCACGGUGAGAGCGGACUCCUGAGGACUGUCCACUCAUUGGCUUGAUGGCACAUUCAUCCUCUCUCUUGUCCCCGUCCCCUUAUCUAAUCCUGCCCACCGAUCACUCUUAUGUGUGGGGGAGGGGGGGCAGCCAGCCAUUCAGCACUGUGUAGGUCCUCAUUACCUGGUACAGACUUGGGCAGACUUGAAUAGUAAAUAAUCAUCUACUGGACACACAGAAUACAACCAGUCCGGAGCAAGAGUAUAUUUAUAAUUUCUGUAACAUUUGUUUCUGUCCUCUAUUGUACAUAACAGAAGCUCUCAUUCCGACAAAAUAAAAAUAAAAAUACUAUAAAAGAUU